AUGGAGCACAAAUGCAAUCAUGGCAUACCUGAUUCCGGGGAGAGCACUGUAUCAACAAUAACUGAUCAAAAACUACUUCCUCGGCAUCUACAGCCCAUUCCUGCCCCUUUACCUGCUGCUUCUUUGGAAGAGGACGAAUACAUUGCUGGUGUUAGUACCAUCAUUGAAAGGGACUUUUUUCCCAACCUCCGCAAACUUAGGGUCCAGAAUGACCUGCUGGAUGCUGUUCAAAAUGCCAACCAUCUUCAAGUAAAGACCUUGAGUUCCCAACUGGCUCAAUUGACUGGCAAGACCUCUGAUUAUUCAUCUACUCCUACUCCAUAUCCACACAGAUCAGUAUCAAAAGACACUUUGAAUCUGCAUGCCUCUGACUCGUUCAUGGCUCCUCCAACUCCAUCGGCAGCUUCAUUUUCAGAUUCUGCAACUCCUAACCCACUCAACUCUAUGAACCCAGCCAGUUCUGAAUCUCAAUCUUUGGAUACUUCAAUUAGUCUAGAUAAAUUCCAAACAAAAUACACAUCCGAAGACAAUGCAUCUUUUUUAAACAUUUUGGAACUUCAGAAUGAGGCAAAGCGAGAACAGUAUCACUGGCUAUAUGACAAGGAAAAGAAACAACUGAGGCUUAAAAAUGAGCACUCGAUCGAGUCUACCAAUACAGCCACUAGUGCAAUGACCACCUCUGGGGUCGAAUUGCUUGUCGAGACUCCCGAUCGAAUGAUUAAGCCCAUCGAUGAAUGGAAAUUCAAGGCAAAAAAUACACUCAUGUACUAUCCUGAUGGCGCUCCAUUGACACUGGCUGACAUGGGAGAAUUGCGAGGACAACCAAAAUCCAUCACACAUUCUGCAACGCGAUUCAAUGCUCCACACAGCUCUGAAUUAGCUCGUACUUUAUCAUCUGGCAUGUCUUCCGCAUCUUCAGAAUCCGGACGACUCAAUACCCAACGUGUGUGGUCUCAAAUGGCCAAGGCUACUCCUGGUUUAUUUCACGGAGCUGCUGGGGCACUCACUGACUCUCCCCGUGUGUCUGGGUAUGGAUUUGUACCAACAACUCCUACUUUUACUCCGGAUGAAGACAUUGAUCCUUCAGAGCUACUGACUUGGGGUAUGAUUGAAGGCACUCCGUUGCUGGCAGAUUCAGGUAUGGACCAUUCUGGAGGGCCUAGCUUUAAAAUUCCAGCAACGCCACGCAGAGAAGAAAUUUCAAUGCGAUUAUCCGAAAAGGCAUCCAAAGCACUUAAACGACGAUCAGAUAUUGCUGCUGGUGGAUCUAGCAGUCGUGCUGCAUCUCCUGCAGCUGGAAAAAUGACCACGCUUGGAAAUGCACAAUCUUUGAAAGCAACUUCAUUUCAACAACGCAUGCUUUCACCUGCUGCUCAAACCUUGCUGGCAAAUAGCUCAUUAAGGAAAUCUGGGCUACGUAUUGGUAGCGACUCUUCAGGAAAUUUGGAUACACAAUUGAGAGCAUCCUACUCUGGUCCUGUAUUGACACCUUGGCGAACUUCAUCUCAUCGCACACCUACUGCUAGUCAAAACUCUAUUUCCACCCCUCACGUCACAUCAGGCUUUGACAGCCUUCAAUCCUCUAGAUCAAAGCGAAACCUUUCUACGACGGAUGAUCUGCUUGGAAUAUAA